UGUGUCAGUGUUUUCCGUUCAGAAUGACCUCCACAGAACUUUUAUGAAAAACACAUUUUAUCCGACACUUUCCACAUCUAUUUGUACAUAUGAAACAUUUUGACGUAGAAGAAACUUUAUCGCCAUGUUGAAAAUUUUGUCUGGAUGUUUCGGACCAAAUUGCCAGUAUUGCGUUAGAAGAUUAGGAAAUGCUGUACAACAAGGAGAGGGUGCAAAAACAAUUACACUAUGUAGAAGGAAUUUAACUAACUCAUCUAAUGCCAAAGGUGGCAAGAAAAAUAUUUUAGUAUUGCAACAUACUAUUAGAGCGCAAGGAUGUUUGAAAAAUCUUCAUGUCGGCACUCAAAAAGUAGAACGACCACUGUUGAGGGUAAUCCUCGGUCCACAGAUUGUCUUGUGUACCCAACAAGUUCGGCACAUGGGCGGCUUUUCGAGAUUCAUGGGAAGCCUUGGUCGAUUCCUGCGUGUCAGAUAUUUAAUCUUUACGGGUGCAAUAGGUGGUGGAUUGGCAGUCAAUCAGACAUAUGAGUCGUGGAAAGAACGUAUACCAGAUAUAAAGUGGUUGAAGGAUUAUCUUCCUGAAGCUGAUACUUUGGAUAAAAUGGCUGUGCCAUUCACACAAGUGAGAGCUUUCGUCAACAGAAUGCACCUGCCUGAAAAGGGAUGGCUGAAAGAGAGGUUUCCAAAGAUGAGAGGCAUGUCUGAUUGGGUGUCACAGAACUCUGAUGGUAGAGAGUCAAUUCCUCAUGUGUUAGGCUAUCAUAUACCAGAUUCUGAAAUGACCAAGUCUGCAUUGCCGAAAAUUGGUAUCAGUCCAUUUUCAAAGGGUGAAGGAAGGACUGGUUCACCAGUGGAAGAUAGGGCUAGACAAGACACCAUGAAUGAUGAAAUUUUGAAAAUGCAGACAAAAUACCAGAAAGAAGUUGAUAGAUUAGAAAAGGAAAACCGAGACUUGAGAAAGCAGCUGAACCUGAUGGAGCAAAAGACCGGCAAGAAACGUAAAAUGAAUAAAUCCUUGAUUGACAUGUACUCGGAGAUACUAGAUGUUCUCACAGAUUUUGACUCCAGUUACAACACGCAGGAUCAUUUACCAAGGGUAGUUGUAGUUGGUGACCAGAGUGCUGGUAAAACAAGUGUUUUGGAAAUGAUUGCCAGGGCUAGGAUAUUCCCAAGGGGUUCUGGUGAGAUGAUGACAAGGUCACCAGUCAAGGUCACGCUGAGUGAAGGUCCAUAUCAUGUGGCACAGUUUAAGGACAGUACCAGAGAAUUUGACCUGACAAAGGAAGAAGAUACAGAAGCAUUAAGGAAGGAAGUCGAGCAUAGGAUGAAAAAGAGUGUUAAAGGUGGACAGACUGUCAGUACUGAGUGUAUAUCAAUGUCUGUGAAAGGGCCUGGUAUUCAAAGAAUGGUACUGGUUGAUUUACCUGGAAUUAUUUCAACUGAAACAACAGUUAUGGCCCCUGAUACGAAAGAAGGUAUCAAAAGGCUUGUGAAAAGUUACAUGGAAAAUCCGAAUGCAAUUAUACUGUGUAUACAAGAUGGUUCCCUGGAUGCAGAGAGAAGCAAUGUAACAGAUGUAGUUAGUCAGAUAGACCCGAGUGGUAAACGAACAAUCUUUGUCCUCACCAAGGUGGAUCUAGCCGAGAGUAAUCUGUAUAAUCCUAACAGAAUAAAAUCAAUAUUAGAUGGCGAAUUGUUUCCAAUGAAAGCACUAGGCUAUUUUGCUGUUGUGACUGGCAAAGGUAACUCUAAUGACAGUAUUGACACAAUCAGAAAAUAUGAGAGUGAAUUUUUCCAGAAAUCAAGGCUACUGCAGGAUGGGGCGUUGAAAGUGACACAGACAAAUACCAAUAAUCUUAGUAUGGCUGUGUCAGAACUGUUCUGGAAAAUGGUGAAAGACAACAUAGAACAACAAGCAGAUGCAUUUAAAGCUACAAGAUAUAACCUGGAAACAGAAUGGAAAAACAAUUUUCCAAGAUUGAGAGAGUUGGACAGAGAUGAGUUAUUUGAGAAGGCUAAAGGAGAGAUAUUGGAUGAAGUUAUUAGUUUAGGGGCUGUAGCUCCCAAGGCAUGGGAGAUGAUGUUUCGUAAGAAAUUAUGGGAGAGAACGGCCACACAUGUGUUUGAAAAUAUUUAUUUACCAGCUGCACAAGCUGGAACUGUAGGAGAAUUUAAUACAAUGGUAGAUAUAAAACUGUCAGAAUGGGCUUAUCAUGCUUUACCUAAAAGAAGUGUAGAGGUUGGCUGGGAUGUGUUACAUCAAGAGUUUGCACUUCUGGCAGAGAAGGACAAGAAGAAGAACCCUACUGAGCAUGAUGAAGUGUUUAACCGACUUAAACUUGCUGUGAUAGAAGCUAGUAAAUCUACGCAUAACUGGGAGAACAAGGCUGAAGAAAGUCUGAGAGUGAUGCAGCGUAACACACUAGAAGACAGGUCAGUACAGGAUAAACAACAGUGGGAUGCAUCUGUUAACUUCAUGGAGGAGGCUCUCAAAGAACAACUAGAAAAAAAUGAGAGAAAGUUGCGUGAACUCACGGGGCCAGGAUCCUGGGAGCAGUGGAGACACUGGACAUACAGAACAUCAGAACAUAAACAUAGAAUAGCAGCAAAAAAUGAGUUAGAGAGAAUACUUAAACCUCAACGGAGACAUAGGCCAACAUUAUCACAAGAUGAACUAACUACAGUAAAACAAACAUUACAGUCACAGGGUAUAGAAGUAGAUGCUGAAUUUAUAAAACAGACCUGGUACCAUGUGUUUAGAGAAAAGUUUAUAAAGAGAGCCCUUCAGCAGUGUAAUGAUUGUAAAAAAGGUUUCUACUACUACCAGCAUAAUGUCCCAAAUUCAGAGAUGGAUUGUCAUGAGGUGGUUUUAUUCUGGAGGAUUCAUAGAAUGUUAGAAAUGACAAGUAAUGCCCUACGACAACAAGUUGUGAAUAAUGAAGCAAGAAGAUUAGAAAGAAUCAUAAAAGAUGUAUUAGAUGAUUUCUCUGAAGACACUGACAGAUUGAAAAAAUUAUUAACUGGAAGAACUGUCGACUUAGCAGAGGAACUAAAGAAAGUAAGACAAAUACAAGAAAAGCUAGAAGAAUUUAUUGAAGCUUUGAACAGAGAAAAGUAACAAGAUGUUCUACAAUGAUCAUAGACCAAAACUGACUGACCUGGGAACGUUAUUUCAGGUGUAUAUUUGAAAUAUUUCACCUGUGAGACCGUGAACUAUCUUGAUAUUAACCAGCAUCAGUUCCAAGCCGUGUGUUACUAGUAUUAAUCACAAAAGAGAUGAAAUUUCCGUCAACCAUUUAGAUUCUGAACAUUUUGUAUUUAGUAAUUGUUAUCAUUUUUUUAGAACACUCUGAACAUAAUGUGUGACAGUGACUGUACUUGUAGUCAGGACUGUCUACAAUUUUAUGUAGACGAACGGGAUGCCAUAAUACUGAUGUUGUUUUUUUUGGCAUUUGAGUAUCAGAGUCUUUUAAAAAGCAUGACAGUGGAAAAAUGCCAAGGUCAAGUAAUGACAAAUUCAUAUUUCAAUAUUGAAAUCCCUCAAAAUUACAAAGGUUAGCUCCAGUUUUAAAGUAGAUUAAGUCCAUUUCAAUAAUUUAGGAGGGCGAAGGUUAAGAAUUCUUUAGCUAUACAGCUAUGAAAGGGAGUUAGGGAAAUAAUUAUGAAAGUUUUGAUGUCUGAAUUUCUUUCUGAAUGUCUUUCAUUGUAUGGAAGGUGGAGUCAUAUUUUUGUUUGAAGUAAUCACCAGUUACAGAAGUUUACUUAGAUAUAACACAAUGUUGUACGUUUCUAAUUUUCACUGUUGUGUCUUUCUGCAAGAUUAAAUUGUCAUGGAAGUGGAAAAUUUGCUACAUUAAUCGUUAAG